AUGUAACCUCUACACAAGAAUUGGUGACGUAGUAUGUGGAUCCGGUUAUUUCAGAAACGAAAAGAUAAAGAACAUUCAUGUGUGUUCGCUAAAAACCGAAUAAAAUAUGCAUGACUCCGAACAAUCAACGUCUCAUGGCGAGGCAGGAGGUGGACCAAUGAGACAUCCUUACAAACACGAGGAUUUAGACUUUCCUUUUUGUCCGGACUCUCAAAAAUACGAAAAACUUGCCAAAAUUGGCCAAGGAACUUUUGGGGAAGUAUUUAAAGCUAGGGAUAGAAAGAGUAGAGCAGUUGUGGCGAUGAAGAAAGUUCUGAUGGAAAAUGAAAAGGAAGGGUUUCCAAUAACUGCUCUGAGGGAAAUCAAGAUAUUGCAACAAUUAAAACACGAGAACGUCGUGAAUCUCAUUGAGAUCUGCAGGACAAAAGCUACCCCGUACAACAGAUUCAAGAGCACUUUCUACCUGAUCUUUGAAUUCUGUGAGCACGAUCUGGCUGGCCUUCUCAGCAAUGCCAAUGUCAUGUUUUCCCUGGGCGAGAUCAAACGUGUCAUGCAGCAGCUUCUCAACGGACUCUACUACAUCCAUCACAACAAGAUCCUGCACAGGGACAUGAAGGCCGCGAAUAUACUCAUAACCAAGGGCGGGGUGUUAAAAAUGGCCGACUUCGGACUUGCUCGAGCAUUAAGCCACAUCUCGAAGUACACAAACAGGGUAGUAACGUUGUGGUAUCGACCUCCUGAACUUCUUCUUGGUGAAAGGAACUACGGUCCACCGAUUGACAUCUGGGGAGCCGGAUGCAUCAUGGCUGAGAUGUGGACGCGGUCACCCAUAAUGCAGGGCAAGACGGAGCAGCAUCAGCUGCAGCUGAUAAGCCAGCUGUGCGGUUCCAUCAAGCCCGACGUGUGGCCGGGUUGUGAAAAAUUAGAGAUGUACAAUAAACUGGAAAUACCUGAUGGCCAUAAGCGCAAGGUUAAAGAGCGGUUAAAACCCUACGUGAAAGAUCAGUAUGCCUUGGAUCUACUGGACAAGCUGCUAUGCCUUGAUCCAUCUAAGCGUAUUGACUCGGACUCAGCUUUGGAUCACGCGUUUUUCUGGGAGGACCCGCCACCACAAGACUUGAGCCGAAUGUUGGCGCAGCACUCAACCUCCAUGUUUGAGUAUCUGGCGCCACCGCGCCGACCCCAGGCCCGGCCCCAGGUCGGUGGUGCGCAGGCUCGGCCUGCCCAGAACAUGGACCAGCAUUUUGAAAGAGUCUUUUGACUCACUCCUAGUACUUGCAGUUUUUUGUGUCGGUUGUUUAUGAAUUGUUUACAAUUGUGUCAGGUUCUCUAGGUAAGAAUACAUGAGUAAUCCGUAUGACUGUAACAGCAAUGCAGAUAAAUUCUGUACACAUUUGUUGCAACUUAAAGGACAUGUUGUGAUGGUUGUUGGUAAAUUUUUUACAACUGUGUAAUGAUGCUCAAGGUAAGAAUAUUUUGUUCUGUUGCAAGGAGGAGGUUACAUAAUUCUGUAUUGACAAUUGUUAUGAGUAAUACUAGCAUAUAAGCAGUUAUUUACUUAAUGCAUCUAUUCCAGUAAACUGGAAUUAUUGUUCGAUAACUAAAUAAAAAUUUAAUCAGAA